UUCAACCAGCCAACAACAUGGAAGCUGCAGCUGAAAACCCGCCAGAAAAAGCAGAAAAAGAGAGCUCAAAAUCGAAGAAGAAGCCGACCGGACCCGUGGUCAUACCUAAGACAACGUACGAUGUACAACGCCUGAAACUCGAACGGCUGUUCGCCAAUCCGGAUAAACCCGUCGUCAUCCCUACUCCCGCUACCAAGGGGUCAUCCAAGAAACCCCACGAUGCACCCGAGUUCGUGCGAAAUGUCAUGGGGUCCAGUGCCGGAGCCGGCAGCGGUGAAUUCCACGUUUACCGACAUCUACGCCGCAAAGAGUACGCACGACAAAAGUACAUCGAGCGUCAAGCUAAAGAGGAACAGCUAGACGCCGAGUACAAACAGAGGUUGGAGGAGAACAAACGCAAGGCUGAAGAACGCACUGCGAAGAAACGAGCAAAGAGGCUCAAAAGGAAACAGAACAUGAAGAAAGGUAAAAAGGGCGGAAAGGUCGAGGAAAAGAAAAAUGACAGUGAAGAUGAGAGUGAAGAUAGUGACGACAAGGAGGACAGCUCUGCCCAGGAAAAUGUGCAUGAUGAUAAGGAUGAGGCAAAAGACUCUGCUGGUGACACAAGUGACGCAAAUAUAGAAGGCAGUGUACAAGCCGUUGAUGUCAAGGUUGAUAGUGAUUCGUGUACGGGAGAUUGUGACACAGCAGAAGACUCUGCUGGUGCACAACCACGUUGACGUCGACCUGCUUUCAAACUCCUGCAUCUUGUGAAUUGCCCAUCGUCAUACAACUUGUGUAGUAUGCUUACAUUGAGUUAGGCUAUGAGUGCUCUGCUUCUAGCAUUUCAAAAAAUGGGAAUUGUCACGUAUAUCUUUCAUACUGGGUUCAGUUACAAAUGUUUUCAUUGGAUGAGCCGAAACAGCUUUGCUUGACCAGCUCUGAAAUUAUUUUUGGAAGUUACUUGUGUUACGCAAAAGCAGUUGCGUGUAGUCUGCCUCUUUUAGGAUUAAAGCGCUGAUCCUAAGCAG